AUGGAUGUAAAUACGGUAAAUAUAUACCAAUCGAAUAAUUUAAGUAUUAGCACAUUCGAUAAUAAUUUAAUAUUUAAUAAAAUGAAAUUGUAUUUAAGCAACAUUCAUUUCAAAGAAUUUCCCAUUGACUGGGAAAAAAAUAUUUUGAACUUAUUAUCAAAGAAAUAUAAAAAAAAAUAUCGUUCACUAAUAAAAUUAAUGUUAAAAGAAACAAAAGACAUAUAUAUUAAAGAUAUGCAAGAUUUCUUAAAUAAAGUUGUACUGUCAGAUCACAGAAAUGAUGAUGAUUAUAUUUCCAAGAUAACUUAUAUGAACCACAAAUUUUUAAAUGAUCAAAAAACUUUUAACAAGAAUAUUUUCCUCAAACGUAAACCAAUAAGGAUUAUUAUAAACCAAGCACAACUUAAACUUCCAAUAUUUAUCUGCAAUUUUGAACAUUAUCAUCAGUUUGGACUUAUGUCAUUAACUGAUUUUCAAAAUAUAAUUAACAAUGACAUUAAGAAAGGAUCAUUAGCAUUAACUAAUCAGUUUUAUACUGAAAUAUCAAAAGUUAUAGCAAGCAACAGAAUUUUAAAAAACAUUAAUAAAAAACAAUUGUCCAGAGUUAUGCGUUGCAUAACACAUGUUUUUGUACAACAAAUUUUAAAUGUUAUGAUAAGAUCUAUUGAUCACAUAUUAAAUGUUAUAAGUAAUGAAUAUUAUUUUCCUCAAAUCAAAUUUCAACUUAUUAUGCAAGAUGAUCAAUUAUGCCUUAGUCCUGCUAUUGAAAAAAUAUAUUCUUUUUAUCAUAGUAUAAUUGACAAAAUUAGAAUAAUUGCACAAGAUUUAAUGCCAUUAGAAGAAUGGCUUAAUAUGAAAGUACAUUAUAAAUGUAUUGAAAUAAAAUUAUCAGAUUGUUAUAUUAAAGAAACUCAUAACAAAUUACAAUUCACUUUGGAUAAUUUAUUUCAAUCUAUAAAUGAACACGUAAAGAACAUCACUGAAGAAUUUUAUCCCAUCUGUACAUAUAAUUUAAGAGAAAAGAUAUUAUCAGCAACAUCAGAAGAAAUCAAUUUUGAAUUAUAUCUUCAACAUAUACAGGAAUAUAAUACUUACUUAAUAAAAGCAAAUGCAAUGAUAUUAAAUACAUAUCAUACAGUAGGAAAAUUAGAGCAACAUAAAGCUAAAGAAUUUUUGAAAAAAGAAUCUUGCAAUAUAAUUAAUAUUUUCUUAAAUAAACUUAUCAAGUUCCAUCAAGAAUUCAAUCAAUCUAUUUGUUCAGAUUUUGAAAAUUUGAAAACAAAGAUAUUAAAUGUACCAAAAAAUUCACAAUCCUUAAUUAAAUUAACUGAUUACAUCUUACAUGCAUCGCAAGUAUUAAUAAAAGAACUAACAUCUAAAAUCCAGAAUUCAAUAUACAUGUUAAGCACAUUAUCAGAAAUAACAAUUUUGUCAGAUGAUCAUAUUCAGUUAAAUAAAAGAACUAUUAAUUGGCUACAUGAAAUUGAACCAAUAUUUAAACAAAGUAAUACUUUGUGUGAGGCAAUGAAAAGUGAACUUGAAGAUGACAUGCAGAAAAGAAUAAAUAAUUUAAACAUUGAGGUAGAUAAUAUCAUUCCUCAACUUAGUGUGUUGGAUAAUAUGGAUGACAUAGACAGAAUUAGAGAAUAUAUUGAAUAUUAUAAAGUUCUCCUAAAACAAAUAAAUCAAAUUAAAUAUGAAACGCAAAGAAUUAAUGAAGAAGAAACAUUAUUUAAAUUUCCUGAAACUGAAUUUUCAAAUGUAAUUGAAUUACAUGAAAUAAUUGUGUCAUUUUAUGAUCUUAUUGAUAUUAUUUAUCAAUGGCAAAGAGAUAAUUCUGUAUGGUUGGAUGGUCCUUUUGAAUGUUUGGAUGCCAUUGUUAUAGAAAAUAAAACAUUAAAUUAUUUCGAAAGAAUUACUGAAAUGAGUAAAAUGUUUAAAACAAAGAUUAAGAUGGAUGUGACACUGAACAAAUGUUUCAAAUUUUCUGGAAUUGCAGAUGAUCCAGAUCAAAUGCAACAACCUGCUCCAUUAAAACUAUGUUGGCAAGCACUUAAUUCUAUCAAUGAAUUUAAGCAAUAUUUACCAUUAGUGGUAUGUAUGUGUAAUCCAGCUUUACAAAAACGACAUUGGCAAGAAAUGUCUACAAUAUGCAAAUUUAAUCUUACACCUAAUGCUGGAACUAGUUUAAGAAAAAUUAUUUCAUAUAAUUUAAUGGAUGAUAUUGAGAAAUAUAAAGCUAUUAGUGUAGGUGCUAAUAGAGAAUUACAGAUGCAACAGAAAUUAUUGAAAAUGAUUAAAAAAUGGGAUAAAAUUUCUUUUGAAAUAAGUUUUGAUAAACAAACUAAAAUGAAUAUAUUUUCUAAUUUAGAUGAUAUAGAAUUAUUACUUGAAGAUCAUCUUACAAUAAUUGAAGAAAUGAAAACUUCGAAUUUUGUUAAAGAAAUAACUUCCUUAAUGGCAGAUUUUUCAAUAUCCCUCGUUAAAAUUCAAGAAAUUAUUAAUCAAUGGAAUUACAUACAAAUAUUAUUACUUUCCUUAAAUUCUAUUCUUUGUCAUCCAAGCAUAGAAAGACACUAAAUAUAUCUAUACAAAAAUGUUUUGAAGGUGUACAAAAAAUGAAAAUUGAUAAAGAAAAAUAUAUUUGUUCCAUUUUUGGUGAUUAUGAUGAAGAAUUAUGUCUUGAAAAAUUAAUUUCUCUUAAUGUUCGAAAUGAUCAUGAAGAAAAAUGGUUGAUAUAUUUUGAGAAAGAACUAAAUACUACAAUAAAAAAAAGACACUAUUAAGUUAUUAUUAGACAAAAAUAUUACCAAAUCUACUGAUUUUGAGUGGAUUGCACAAUUACAAUAUUAUUUAGUAGAAGAUGACAUAAAAGUAUCAAUUUUUAAUACAACUUUAAAUUAUGGAUAUGAAUAUAACUAUCACAAACAACAUUUAGUAAAUACUCCUUUAACAAAUAGAUGUUUUCAUACUCUUAUGCAAGCAUAUGAGUAUCAUUUAUAUGGUACCAUUACAGGACCAUCUGCUACAGGAAAAUCAGAAACUAUCAAAAGUUUGGCUAAAGCUAUUGCAAUACAGUUUCUAACUAUGAUACUACCAGAUAUGAAUAAAAUUGUAGAAGUUGAAUUUUUUGCUGGUGGUAUAUCUAAUUCAAAGUUGUUAACUUCAAAAUUAAUUUUACUAAACAUAGUUCAUGACAUGUUCCCAAAUAUUAGCCUGUUACCUUCUGAUUAUACAGUAUUUUUAGAAACUCUUGAAACAGUAUGUACAUCUAAAUCUAUCUAUAUCCAUGAUAUAUUCAAACUUAAAAUUAUACAAAUAUUUGAAUUAAUGCACAUUCAUCAAUGUUUAAUACUUGUUGGCGACCCAUUUGUUGGAAAAACAGAAAUAUUAAAUAUUCUUCAAAUUAUUUUGAUGUCCUUACACAAACAAGGCAGUGAAUUUGGUGUUAAUAUACACUUAGACGCAAUAGUUCCAAGUAUAAUUAAUGUUAAUCACCUUUUUGAUCAUUUUGAUGAAAAAUUUAAAAUUUGGAAAGAUGGAAUAUGUUCUAAAAUGAUCCAUUCUUCUUCAAAGAAUGAUAUCUUUGAUAGAAGAUGGAUAAUAUUUGAUGGACCUUUAAAUAAUUUAUGGAUUGAAAGCUUGUAUGCAGUUCUUAAUACAAAUAAGAUGUUAUAUUUAACAUCAGAUGAAAAAAUUAAUAUGACAAAUUCUAUAUCUAUUAUUUUUGAAACAAUGAAUAUGGAAGAUAUUUCUCCUGCUACUUUAUCAACUUGUGGUAUAAUUUAUAUUGAAUCAAAUUGUAUUGAUUGGAGGCCCUAUGUUAAAACUUACUUUUCUAGACAUAAUAUUUAUAAUGAAUACAAUGAAGUUUUACAUUCAUUAUUUGAUUGGAUAAUAGAGCCUUGUUUACAAUUUAUACAAAAAAAUUGUAUUGUAACAUUAGCUGUUGGCAAACUACAUUAUGAUGCUUUAAUAGAAGAUACUGAAGAUAAAGGAAAAACAACCCAUUUUUUAAUAUGGGCACAAGCUGCUCUUAUAUUAUCUAUAAUAUGGGGGAUGGGAGGAAAUUUAGAUAUAGAUUCUCAUAUUAAAUUUAAUUCUUUCUGUACUUCACUUUGGUCUGGUAUAAAUAAAGAGCAUCCAAGGCCAGAAGUAAUAAAAGGUUUUGAAAUAACACUACCUCAUGAGGGUUUAAUACAGGACAAUUUUUAUAUCUUCAAAGGCGUUGGAAAUUGGAAAUAUUGGGGAAAUGCUGAUUUAUUAAAAAGUGAACAAAUAUUAGAAAAUCCUGAUAAUAUUGAAAUUUUUGUUCCAACAAUGAAUACAAUAAAAUAUAAUCAUAUGAUUCUAAAACACAUAAAAUAUAGAAAACCUUUCAUUAUUUGUGGAGAUAUGUCUAUCGGAAAAACUUGUUUUAUAAAAACUUUAUUAAAAAAUAAAUUGCCUGAAGAGAUAUGUUCAAACAUAUUUAACUUUACUUCUUCAAAUACAAUUAUUGGAACACAACAGUUGUUACUUUCAAAAUUAAAUAAAAUAAGGAAAAGAUAUUACGGACUAUCAGAAGAUGAUCUCAAUGUACAAAGAGACGAGUGUAAAUCAGAAAUGAAUACUAUUCUAGAGCUUAUUCGUCAAUAUCAUAGUUAUGGUUACUUGUAUGAUAUUAAUAAAUCUGAAAAGAUUUUUAUUCAUAAUACCAUGUUUUCAAUUGCAGCUAGUACUACAAUUAAAAUAUGUCCUAGAUUUUUGAGACACUUUAAUCUAUAUAACAUGUAUGCUCCUGCUACAGAUACUAUAUUCAGAAUAUUUUCAAAUGUUCUUUUUAAUAUAUUCAAUACUGUAACUAGUAUAACUAAUGCUACAAUUGAUGUAUAUAAUUCUGUGAUUAAAGUUUUACGACCAGUACCAGCCAAAUUUCAGUAUCAAUUUAGUAUAAGAGACAUAAGCAGAAUUAUUAAAGGAUGUAGUCUUCUUCAAAAAGAAUCGGUAGAAACUAAAGUCACUUUCAUGCGAAUUUGGGCGCAUGAAAUAUGGCGUGUCUUUGGUGAUCGAAUAUUAGAUAAUAGUGAUAAAGAAUGGCUCUUUUUGCAAAUUAAAGAAAUUAGUAAACAUUAUUUUAAAGAUUCAUUUGAAACAGCUUUUGAUUAUUUGCCAAAAUUUGAUAAUAAUGAGAUUACUAAAGAUAGAAGCAAUUUAUUGAUAAUCUCUAGCACGGGAUCUGGCAGAAAAUCCUUAGCAAAUUUAGCUGCUUAUAUCCAACAACAAGAAUUAUUUGAACCUUCUGUACGUUCUUAUUGUAACUUUAACAUGUGGAGAAAAGAUAUAAAAAUGGUUUUACAAAAGUGUGACAUUUGUUGUUUAUUGGCUACUGGAGAAAUAUCUGAUUUAUUUUCUGCUGAAGAAAAGUGUAAUAUUAUUGAAACAAUACGUUUACAUGCUCAAGAUGGCAAUAAAAAUGAAGAAAUCAAUGUAAAUAAAAAUAUAAGAUCAUAUUUAUAUAAAUAUCCAGAAUUAAUAAAAUACUGUACAGUAAAUUGGUAUGAAAUGUGGCCAACAGAUACAUUUUUGCAGGUAGGUUUGAAAUACAUUCAAGAUACUAAUAUUGAAGAAAAUGUAAAAAUAAAUGUAAUAAAAGUUUGUAUACAAUUACAUAAUUAUAUGCAAAAAAUAAGCACUGAAUAUUAUAAAGAAAAUAAUACAAAAAUUCAUGUUACAUUAACUGCAUAUCUGCACAUGUUAAAGUUAUAUGUUUACCUGAUAUAUAAAAAACAAGAAGAUAUUACUACAUUGAAAAACAGAUACUUGACAGGUUUAGAAAAAUUAGAAUUAGCAGCUCAACAAGUAGAAAAGAUGAAAGCUACAUUGACAAUGUUGAAGCCACAAUUAGAGUUAUCUGCUCAAAAAACAAUAAUUACAAUGAAAGAGGUAGAGAACGAAAAUAUUAGUAUAGAAAAAGCAACUACUGUCAUACAACGAGAAGAAGAAAUAGCAAAUAAGAAAACAGAAAUUGCUGGAAAAUUAAAGUUGGAAUGUGAAGCUGAUCUAGCUGUAGCAAUUCCGAUUUUAGAAGAUGCUGUUGCAGCAUUAAAUACAUUAAAACCUACAGAUAUUACAUUGGUUAAAGCUAUGAAAAAUCCUCCUGACACGGUCAAGCUUGUAAUGGCAGCAAUAUGUGUAAUGCUUGAUGUUCCCCCAGAUAGAACUAUUGAUUCAGUAACUGACUAUGAUAAAGACAAUAUCCCAUCUAAUAUUAUGCAAAUUAUUAAAAAAACAUACAUAAUGGAUAACAAUUUUAAACCACAUAUUGUUGCUAAAGCAUCAAGUGCUGCAGAAGGUCUUUGUAAGUGGGUGCGUGCAAUGGUAUCCUAUGAUGAAGUAACAAAAGCAGUAGCUCCUAAGAAAGAGAAAUUACUUAUUGCACAAAAUGAAUGUGAUCAAGCUGAAGCAUUUUUAAAUGAAAAACGGAAAACUCUUUCCUCAUUAAAUGUUAAACUUGCUGUCUUGAAUAACUGUCUUCAAGAAACACUACAACAAAAAGUGAAACUAGAGCAAGAAGUAGAAGACUGUACCAUUAAACUUUAUAAAGCAAAAAAUUUAAUGGAAAGUUUAGGAGGAGAAAAACAUCAUUGGAUGGAGGUAGCAGAAAAUCUUAAAAGAAAUUAUAAUAAUCUUGUAGGAGAUAUGAUAUUAACAUGUGGGAUUAUAAGUUAUAUAGCACCAUAUAAUACUAUAUUUCGUAAUAAAAUUUUAGAACAAUGGAAACAAUAUAUAGAAGUUCUAAACAUAUCAUAUAGCAAAGACUAUAAUUUAAUAAAUAUGUUUGGAGAAGAAAAUGAUAUAAAUUAUUGGUAUUUCUCUGGUCUGUCUAAAAAUAGUUUUUUGGUUGAAAAUGUAAUUAUUAUGAAUAAUUCCAAAUUAUGGCCUUUAUUUAUUGAUUCACAAAAUCAAGCCAAUAAUUGGAUUAAAAAAAUUGAGAAGAAGAAUAAUUUGAAAAUUAUUAAGCUCACUGAUCCUAAUUAUUUAUCAACUAUUCAAUAUAAUGUUCAAAAUGGUAUACCCACAUUAAUUGAAAAUAUAGGAGAAGAAUUAGAAAUAUCAUUGGAUCCUUUUCUUCUAAAAAAAAUUUAUAACGAUGGAAAGACUUCGUACUUAGAUAUUGAUCAUAAUGUUAUCAAAUAUUCAUUCAAUUUCCGAUUAUAUAUUACAACACGAAUGCUUAAUCCUCAAUUUUCAUGUGAAAUAUUUAGCAAACUUACAAUAAUUAAUUUUUCCAUUCCUAAUGAAGCUCUCCAAGAUAGACUUCUUGAUUUUAUUAUUUACAAGGAAAAGCCAAACCUUCAGGAAAAAUUUGAAAUUUUACUUAUGGAAGAUGCUAAAAAUAAAAAAAUAUUAAAGCAACAGGAAGAUAUUGUACUAAAUAUCUUAUCAUCAACAACAACAAAUAUUCUGGAAGAUGAAACUGCUAUAAAAAGUUUAGAUUCUUCUAAAAAUUUUUCUUUAAACAUUAUUAAGAAACAAGAAAUAACAAAAGUAACAUCCCAAGAAAUAAUUCCAAAUUACAAAUAUGAUUGGCUUCCACAAAAUAUAUGGAUGAAUAUUUAUAAUCUCAGUAAAACACUUUCUUCCUUUUAUGAUUUGGCAGAUAAUUUUUGUUUUAAUGAUAAAGCUUGGAAACAAUAUUAUGUUUCCGAAUCACUUGAAGAUCACUUAAUGCCAGAACCAUGGAUUGAUAAGUUAUCUUUAUUUCAGAAACUUAUUCUUGUAAAAAUGUUGCGUCCUGAUCAAAUUAUAAUACAAAUUAUGAAAAUGAUAGAAAGCAUAUUAGGAAAUACACAAAAUUAUUCCCCUAAAAUUAAAAUAUCUCAAUCAUACGCAGAAUCUAGUUAUUUAACUCCACUUCUAUUUAUUUUACCUGCUUCUUUAGAACCACUGUCUCUUAUUUCUACAUAUGCAAAAACUAAAGGCUAUUUAUCCAAAUUUAUUUCUCUGUCUAUGAGUAAAGGUGAAGAAGAAAAAGCUGAGUUUCUUAUUAAAAAAGCCCAGAGAGAAGGAGGUUGGGUAUUUUUACAAAAUUGUCAUCUGACAAUUCACUGGUUGGCUAAUCUUGAAGAACUUUGUGAAAAUUGUACUUCUAAUAUAUCUUUAGAUUUUCGCUUAUGGUUAUCUAGUUAUUCUAUCAAUGAAUUUCCAAUUAGUAUCUUGCAAAAUAGUAUAAAAAUCAUGCAUGAUUAUUCUUUGAAUAUCAAGGAAGCACUAUUAAAUAUUUAUCAAUCAGAACCUAUAAUAAAUAAAGAAUUUUUCGAAGGCUGUCCUGGGAAAGAUAAAAUUUUUUUAAAACUUCUUUUUGGAAUAUGUCUUUUUCAUGUUCAAUAAGAAUGGAGUUAUUAUUCGUAAUACUACAAUAGCUAACGAAAUAAUAUCAUCUCUUUCAUAUAUAAAUUCUCCAAUUUCUUUAUUAAAUGAAGAAUUACUACAAGAUCAAACAUUAAAUAAUUUAAAAUUAGCAUUAGAUGGUUAUCUUACAUUUACGGAAUCGCUAAAAGAAUUAGCAAAAGAGAUAUGUAAAAAUGAAAUUCCACAUACUUGGAAAAACAUGCAAAUUAAUACUAUUGCCGAAAAUCUGACAGAUUACAUCGAUAAUUUAUUAAAACGUGCAAGUUUUAUUCAAAAUUGGAUUAAUCGAAGAAGUCCAAAAAUUAUUUGGUUUGAUGCAUUAUUUCAUCCUAAAAUGUUCCUUUUUGCAAUAUUAUUAACAUUUUCUAAAAAGUAUAACAUAUCUAUUGAAGAAAUCGGUUUCGAUUUUGAAAUAGAAAUGAAAGAAGAAAUUAAUGAAGAAAGUGAUGAUGCAUAUUUAAUUUGCGGAUUGCAUUUAUGUGGUGGUCGAUGGGACUUAAAAAAAGGUAUAUUAGUCGAAAAUGUUACAAAUGAAAUCUGGCAAAAUAUGCCACCUAUACGUCUUAAAUGUUCACGAAAUAAAAAAGAUAUACAUCAAAUUUAUGAAUGUCCAGUUUAUGUAACCAGCAUUAAACAUACAGAUACAGAUAUGAAAUUUUCUUCAAAGAAUUAUAUAAUUAGUAUACCUUUGAAAACUGAAAUACCUGUAACUCAUUGGAUAAAAUGCGGUACAGCUUUAUUUUGUCAUAUAUAA